ACCAGUGAGGUCAUGGAUUCACUGCCAGGCAAAGAGCUUCAACCACUUGUCAGCCCAGUACAAGUCCUGUAUGGGGAAAAAAAUAAAGAAUCACCCACUGACAAAUGCGAUGACUGAAUGAAAGGACAGGGGAAAGUUUGCUGUGGAUCCAUUCAAGCUUGAAGUGGAGCUUUACAAGAAAAGAAACGUAGCGAACUCUGCUAGGAUCAUUGGAAACAUUUCUUUGUGGAAUCUUUUGGACUGUUUAAUAUGGGUUCCUGCCAUGCGUCACUGCCUACUGUUUCCCAGUUAAAGGCUGUGUAGUCGGUCCAGAGUUACAGCACUGCACAGAGCUGGGAUUUUCCCAAACCAAAAGCUGAUCUCCAUCCACCAAUCUGGGGCUUAUCAGAGCAGCUGAGCACCGUUAAGCACUAACUAAAGCUCCCAGGCAGCUACUCUCCCCAUUCACCUCUCUGUUGCUGCAGAAAUGCCUUGGGAACACAAAAUGAUCUUCCUCUGUGUUUUGACUGUCUACAUCACAUCACUGGUGGUGGGUGUAGAUGAAAGGCAGGAGGAUGAGGAGUGUGCCGACCUCAACAACACCACCUGGCUGGAGUACCGGCAGCAGAGAGUCAAGCUGCAGGUUCAGUACCUGCUGCUGACAAGGAGAAACGUGGACUGUGCACAAACGUUCAACCAGGAGUCUCUCACUACCGCACAGCAGCCCUCCUACUUCAACAUCUCCCGCCCAACCAAGGUCAUCAUCCACGGGUACAGGGCUCUGGGCAGUAAGCCGUCAUGGGUGAAGGAGCUGGCCCUGGCCCUGCUCAGGGUGCAGGAUGUGAACGUGCUGGUGGUGGACUGGGUCUACAGCGCCUCCUUCGCAUACAACCUGGUGGUGGAGAAUUACAAGGAGGUGGCUGUGCAGAUCUCUGUCAUCAUCAACCAGCUGCAGAAACAUGGAUGCAAACUAGAGUCCUUCCACUUCAUCGGGGUCAGUCUUGGGGCGCAUGUCGCUGGUUUCGUGGGGACUCUGUUUGAGGGGAAGAUAGGAAGAAUCACAGCCCUCGACCCUGCGGGACCCAUGUUUAAAGGCGCUGACUCCUCUGACCGGCUGGACCCCUCUGACGCUCUGUUUGUUGAUGCCAUCCACACAGACACUGACUAUUUUGGCAUUUCCAUCCCUGUCGGUCAUGUGGACUUCUUUCUGAACGGAGGAAAGGACCAGACUGGAUGUUCCCGCUCCAGGUUUGCUUCAAUUCUGGUCUACUUUCCAGUGUAUGGCUAUGUGAUAUGCGACCACAUGAGGGCGCUGCAUGUCUACAUGAGCGCGCUGAACGGCUCAUGCCCUUUAAUGGGGAUCCCAUGCUUCAGCUAUGAGGACUUCCUGAAGGGACGCUGUGUGGACUGUGGCGUCUUCAGGGGGACAUGUCCAACUAUAGGUUUAACAGAAAACGAUGGGAUAGCCAUAUCUCCAAUUCCCAAAGAGCAGAAGCUAUUCCUCCUCACUACGUCUUCACCACCUUUUUGCACUCAUCACAUCCUGCUGGAGCUGGAGGUUUCUCCCCUGGAUAAGAGUGCUGAGGUGGCGGUGACACUGAGGACUGAAAACCUGGGGACAGAGCAGAGGCUCAGUCUUCAGACGGCUACAACAGUGUACAGGACAAUGUUGGCUCACCCUGUGGCUCUGUGUGAGAUCGACUCCAUUGAGCUGAAGAACACCGGAGCUCGCUUCUAUAGACAGGGAGACAUCCACAUCAAGUCUGUCUGUCUCUCUGACGUCCCCUCUCUCAGGCGAGAGGAGCCGCUGUGUGUGAACAACAUCGAUGUCAGACGAGGAGCUCCGUGGUCACAUGACUUUGUGCAGGUGUGUGGCCUCAUCUAAAGAGAGAGAUCUACUCAAAAUACACUGGGGGGGAUAAACCCACCCAGUGCGUCUACAAUGAAGUCACCCACCAACAUGUACCAAUAUGAAGCCAGUUUCAUAUUUUCACCAACUUGUUUAAUGUUCAGAUUAAAUGAUCAGAGUUAAAUCUCAGUGGGCGGAGCCAAAGAACCAUAUUUUAUUCUGGAGAGUAAGCUAAUAUUAUACAGACUAUCACUCUACUACUAAGUGACAAAAUUCAGUCCGGUCGUACUUUAUUAUUUGGCUAAUCUACUGAUCUUCCAACAUCAUGACUGGAUCUAUAGUACAUUUAUAUUUCAUUUUUACAUCUGAGAAGUGUUUGUAGAAAUGAAAUCUCUUUUUAUAAUCUGGUGUUAGGAUGUUCCAGGUGUGUAUUCUGAAAUGUAGUUUUAGUGUUACUGAAUGCUGCUGAAUUCAGUUUGUCUUUUAAAGCCAAGCAAUAAACUUAUAUGUAUGCUUUG